GCAACUCGUGACACCAGUCAGCUGACUAACAGAAAAAUAUUUCAGUAUUCAAUACUUUGUAUAAUUUGAUCGAUACUAUUCGCCAUGGCAUUACAUUCCGCUAUCAGAGGAAAAUUAAUUUCUGUUAUAGGUGAUGAGGACACAUGUGUUGGAUUCCUUCUAGGCGGAGUUGGUGAAAUAAAUAAGAAUCGCCAUCCUAACUUUAUGGUAGUAGAUAAAAAUACGGCCGUGAGUGAAAUUGAAGAUUGCUUUAAAAGAUUCCUUAAACGGGACGACAUCGAUAUAAUUCUUAUAAAUCAAAAUUAUGCCGAGCUUAUUCGACAUGUAAUUGAUGCCCAUACCUCGCCGGUACCAGCUGUGCUAGAAAUACCUUCUAAAGACCAUCCUUACGAUGCCAGUAAGGACUCUAUUUUGAGACGUGCUCGUGGCAUGUUCAAUCCAGAAGAUUUGGUACGUUAACUAAAUCGAGGAAACGAGUUGGUAAUAUUCUCUUAUAAAUCCACUCUUAAAUAAAAAUAUAAUAUAUUUUAUUGUUUUCAUUCAAAUGUAUACAAAAUAUUGUGCGUUUAAUUAUAUACCGUAAAGUGUG